AUGGCUACCUCCCUUGCUGUUGUAAAUGCAAGAAAGGAUAAUGCCUUCACUCAAAUUCAGAUGAUAUAUGAUUUGUCCAAGAAAGUGUCUGAUAAGGAUAUUCAGCAAAGGUUUUUGAUUCGGGCUAAGUCUGUAAAUAAACUCCGAGAUGAUUUCUCUGAGGCUUUAGAUGCCUGCCAUGAACUUGAAUUAGCAAAAGAUCCUAACUUUCAACCCAACUAUGCUCCUCUAAAUAGUGUUGAUGAAUUAAUUGACUACAUUAAUGCCAAUGUUGCCAACCUUGAAAGUAAACUUCAAUCCUCAAAAAAUAAAAGUGAUAAGACUCCGACUCCACAACCUUCGGUUGCUACGCCUCAGACUUCAACUCGUGAUUCUUCCUCAGCUCAUCAAGAAAAUUCAUCAUCUCAACUCUCAUCAGCCCUGACUAGUCAAGAAAGAUGUUCCACAACACAUCAUCCCUCAACAGUGUUGUUGGGAACUUUACUUGUGAAGCUGGUAUCGCCCACCGGAGUUAGCCAUGUAUUUCGAGCUCUCGCUGACUCUGGUAGUCAAUCAUGUUUUCUCACAGAACAUGCUGCUCAACUUUUAUGUGUCUCACGCACAAAAAGUGCGCCUAGUGUAGUAGGCCUCUCUCAAAUACCUACUCGAUGUAAAGGUGCCACUUCUCUCAAGGUAGAGACAUUGAAUGGAAAAACUAUCUCUACUGAAUCAAACUUUUUAAUUCUUGAUAAAAUAUGUGUUGAUUUACCCCGCAUGCCUAUAUCCUCUGGUGUCAUUGAGAUGGUAAAUUCUUACGUUUUGGCUGAUCCCAUGUUCCAUUUACCUGGUGGGAUAGAUGUUCUUUUAGGUGGAUCACUUUUCCCUCUCAUGCUCACUCAAGCAGUUCACAACCUCGGGCCUAACCUACCAAGUUUAAUAGGCUCACACUUUGGAUUUUUGGUAAUGGGUGACGCACCCUGUGCAAUCAAGCUGGAUGAUGACACUAGUUCUCACAUGUCAACCAUGCUUUUGGCAGUCAAUGACAUUGAACUGCACAAUUCUAUCCAGCGGUUUUGGCACCAGGAGGAGCCACCAGUCGCAUCAAAGCAAUCAGAUGAUGAUAAAAUGUGUGAAGAACACUUCCUCUCCACUCACUCUCGGGACCAAUCUGGCAGAUAUUGCGUCCGACUACCGUUCAAGACUGAACACCCUGCUCUAGGAAAUUCUGUCUUUGCUGCCGAGAAAAGACUACACUCACUUCAGAAAAAGUUUAAGGCUCAACCUCAAUUCAAAUCUCUAUAUUUCGACUUCAUGUCUGAUUAUUCGUCUUCGGGACAUAUGGAACUUGCUCAUAAUGUUGACUUAUCCGCCCCGCAUUACUAUUUACCUCAUCAUGGGGUGUUGAAGGAAUCAUCCAGUACCACUAAACUACGUACUGUGUUCGAUGCUAGUGCAAAAACCUCCAAUGGUACAUCUUUCAAUGAUAUUUUGCUUACAGGAAGAAAAAUGCAAACCAACAUUUGUGACUUGUUGCUCAUGUUUAGAACUCAUAGUGUAGUUUUUUCAUGUGAUAUAAGGCAGAUGUACAGACAGAUUAAAGUCCAUUCUGAGGACCAGAAGUUUCACUAUAUCCUAUGGCAUACUCGUCCAGAUCAACCACCCUCUACCUUCAGACUUACCACAGUAACCUAUGGAGUCAAUUGCUCACCGUACCUCGCAAUCAGGACUUUGCACCAACUUGCCAAUGAUGAAGGCGACUCGUUCCCUGAAGCGGCAGAGAUUCUUCGAACACAAACCUUCGUUGACGAUGUGAUUUCUGGUGGAGAUUCCGAAGAAGAAGCUUUAAGACUCCAGAGACAACUCAUCGCCCUAUUAGCACGUGGAGGCUUUGAGCUAAGGAAAUGGACUUCCAACUCCAGUCGACUUCUUCUAGACCUUCCAGAUGGUCAUCGAGAGACUCCGGUGUUCCUUCAAGAUAGUUCACAGCCUUAUCACACCAUUUUAGGCAUUCACUGGUCUCCAGUUACUGACUGUUUUACAUACAAUUUUAAUUUUUCCGCAAGCGCAACUACAAAGCGUCAGGUGCUCAGUGUGAUUGCACAAAUAUAUGACCCCUGUGGUUUCCUCUCCCCAAUUGUUAUGUGGGCAAAACGUUUUAUGCAGCUCUUGUGGACCAAAGGAUUGGAUUGGGAUCAAACACUUCCGGCUGCCCUACUCGAAAUGUGGCAAAGUUUCACUUCAUCUACAGACAGCCUGAGAAAGAUUUCAAUUCCUCGAGCUCUUCAAGUGUCACGAGCAUGCACUACUGCAUUACAUGGCUUCUCAGAUGCCUCCGAGAAUGGUUAUGCUGCAGUUGUUUACUUGCGCUGUGAACUCAGUGAUGGGACUGUCACAAUCAGACAGAUUAUGUCAAAGACUCGGGUUGCUCCCUUGAAAAAACUUACAAUUCCACGCUUGGAACUAUGCGCCGCCCAUCUUCUUGCCCAGAUAGUAGCCUAUGUGGUUUCUAUUUACAAGAUAAAAUUAAAGAUUUCAUCCAUCAUUCUCUGGUGUGACUCUACUAUCACCCUAACUUGGCUGCAGACACCACCUCAUCGAUUGAAGACCUUUGUUGGGAACAGGGUUGCGCAGGUGCAAGAAUUAGUACCUAAUCAUUGCUGGCGACACAUAUCCAGUGAAUAUAACCCCGCUGACUGCGCGUCACGAGGUAUCCUCCCAUCAGAAUUGUCUAACCAUGAACUUUGGUGGUCUGGUCCCCCAUGGCUUCAAUAUUCGAGUGAAUCUUGGCCAUCCUCAAACUUUACUCCUCUAGAUAUUACAAAAACAGGAGAAAAUAAACCUCAGUCACCUACCACUCUUAUAUCUACAAUAAAACCCACUCAAGAAUGGGAACUCCUCACUAGAUUCUCUCACUUCAGCAAACUUGCACGAGUGAUGGGUUACAUUUUACGAUUCAUCUAUAACCUCCGGCACUCAAAAAGGUGCUCAGGCCCUCUCACCUCAUCUGAGUUAACUCAAAGUCGACUGACAAUCUUCAAGAAGGUUCAAGAAACGGUUUUGGAGAUGACAUCGCAGCGUUGA